AUGAGGAAACUUUGGCCCAAAGUGGGCGUCUUUGGCUCCGUGUCCAUCGCCUUCGGUUCGGUGUGGUGGUGGAGGCAGAGCAGCGCGGACGGCGGCUCCAAAGCGUCGCCCUACGAGCUCAAGCUGGUUCAAGUGCUGUUUCGACACGGCGCUCGGACGCCGCUUAAAUCCAUACCUGAUGUGUUGGAGGCACAAUGGGUGCCCACCCUGUUGGAGCCUCCGGCCCACACGCACAUCAACUACGUGGUCACGGACCUCGAUGGGGGGCCCAGACCUCCAUCUCCACUGGAGGACAGCUACAGAAAGAAGACUCUGAGCGGCGGCGUGUUCGCGGGUCAGCUGACCACUUUGGGCAUGCAGCAGCUGUUCGAGCUGGGCGAGAAGAUGAGGAGAAGAUACGUCCAGGAGGUUGCCUUCCUCAGCCCUACCUUCUGCCCCGAUGAGGUCCAUGUGCGGUCGACCAACAUUGUAAGGACCCUCGAGUCUGCCAAGUGCCUGCUCGCAGGGCUCUUCCAGCAAAAACAAAAAGAAAUGGUUCCCAUAUUAACAACGAAUGCAGAGUCGGAAAUCCUGUACCCCAACUACCACGGAUGCCGGCUGCUCAGAACGCUCAGCGGCAUGCGCCUCCAAGAGGUGGCCCUCCUGCCGGACAUGGCGGCCGACCUGAAGAGGAUCCGAAGCGAGCUGGGCAUCAGCGACAAACCGGACGUCGAUUUCGUCCUCAUCAGGGACGACAUGGUCGCCAGAGAGGCUCAUGGUCUGCCCUGCCCGCCCGUGCUCAACACGUGGAGAAGCCGAGUGGAGCGGAGAGCCGUGGACAUGAUGUUUUAUUGCUACCAACCCAGCAAGAGGGAGAACUUGCAGUUGUGCGUGGGACCUCUGCUGCACAUGUUCUUAUUUAACAUUGACCAGAAGCUACAAGGCAGCUCAUCAGAACCCAACAGGAAGUUGUUCUUGUACUCGGCCCACGACACCACGUUGAUCCCGUGCCUGAUGGCGCUUGGAAUUUUCGACAUGAAGUGGCCGCCUUACGCCGCGGACGUCACGCUGGAGCUUCACGAGCACCGGCGCACCAAGGAGGCGUUUGUCAAAGUAUCGUACAUGGGCCAGGAUCAACUUAUUCCUGGCUGCAGGGGCCUCUACUGCCCCCUGCAGGAAUUCCAGAAGGUGCUUUCAGCAUACUCACUCGACAUUGACCUUUACCGGUCGCUUUGCAACAGCACAGGAGACACGUCGAAACUCUGAACACAUGCAUGCUAUUGUUGCAUUUACACAUCAUGUCCACAUUAACUCCACUGUUUUGUUUAUUUGGUUUUGCUGACAAACCGAAUGUCACUUCAUUCCUCAGGGGAAGACUUGUAUGACCAUUUUAUACACAAAUGAGGUUGUGUAAAACAGUCAGUUGCAGUGUGUUUAUAUGAAAUAAAGAUGAUUCUGAUGAACAAGCAGGAACAG